AUGGCCGACCCCGAGAAGCAGGGACCCGCUGAGAGCCGCGCCGAAGACGAGGUGAUGGAGGGAGCCCAGGGUGGCGAGGAUGCGGCAACCGGCGACAGUGCCGCUGCGCCCGCGGCCGAGGAGCCUCAGGCUCCCGCGGAGAAUGCGCCCAAGCCCAAGAACGACUUUAUCGAGAGCCUGCCCAAUUCCGUCAAGUGCCGGGUCCUGGUGCUCAAAAAGCUGCAGAAGCGCUGCGAUAAGAUCGAGGCCAAAUUUGACAAGGAGUUCCAGGCUCUGGAGAAGAAGUACAACGACAUCUACAAGCCCCUGCUUGCCAAGAUCCAGGAGCUCACCGGAGAGAUGGAGGGCUGCGCGUGGACCCUGGAGGAAGAUGAUGACGACGACGAGGAAGAAGAGGACGAGGAGGAGGAGGACAAAGAAGAGGCGGCAGCUGGCGCAACUGGGGGUCCCGACACCGGCAAGAAGUGA